GCCUAACGGGCCGGGCCCGCGCCUCCUGUCCUGGUAGGGGGCGGGGCCCGAAGCCCCUCAGCGCGGCGCCAUAGAGCGUGGACGGAGGACUCGUGUCCUAGACGUGUCCGGAAGUGGCUCCCUCAGGCGCCCGCUCCGCACCAUAGAGCUGGGGGGGGUGCCGGCUAGGGGGUCCCCGGGCUCGCCUUCCUAGAGCGGCGAGGACGAGGUGGAGGCUGGAGGUGGGGUGGGAAGGGGAGGGGGGAGCGGCGCGGGCGGAAGCGGCCGGGAAGGUCACUUCCGGCCUGGGCGCCCGUCCCCCUGACCCCAGGGUCUGAGUCGCCGCUGCCGCCGCUGCCACCAUCGGCGAGGGAGGAGAGAGGAGGAGGAGUGCGGUGCGGCGGCCCCGGGACCGAGGAGGGACCCAGACAUGGAGCUGCGGGAAGAGGCCUGGUCUCCGGGGCCGCUGGAUUCCGAGGACCAGCAGAUGGCCAGUCACGAGAACCCAGUGGACAUCCUCAUCAUGGAUGACGACGACGUCCCCAGCUGGCCCCCGACCAAGCUGUCCCCGCCCCAGUCGGCGCCCCCGGCCGGCCCCCCGCCCCGGCCGCGGCCGCCGGCCCCCUACAUCUGCAACGAGUGCGGCAAGAGCUUCAGUCACUGGUCCAAGCUGACGCGGCACCAGCGCACGCACACGGGUGAGCGGCCCAACGCCUGCAGCGACUGCGGCAAGACCUUCUCGCAGAGCUCGCACCUGGUGCAGCACCGGCGCAUCCACACGGGCGAGAAGCCCUACGCCUGCUCCGAGUGCGGCAAGCGCUUCAGCUGGAGCUCCAACCUCAUGCAGCACCAGCGCAUCCACACGGGCGAGAAGCCCUACGCCUGCCCCGACUGCGGCCGCAGCUUCACGCAGAGCAAGAGCCUGGCCAAGCACCGGCGCUCGCACAGCGGCCUCAAGCCCUUCGUGUGCCCGCGCUGCGGCCGCGGCUUCAGCCAGCCCAAGAGCCUGGCGCGCCACCUGCGGCUGCCGUACGUGUGCGUGGAGUGCGGGAAGGGCUUCGGGCACGGGGCCGGGCUCCUGGCCCACCAGCGCGCCCAGCACGGGGACGGGCUCGGGGCGGCGGGGGGCGAGGAGCCCGCGCACAUCUGCGUGGAGUGCGGCGAGGGCUUCGUGCAGGGCGCCGCGCUGCGGAGACACAAGAAGGUCCACGCCGUGGGCGCGCCCUCGGUCUGCAGCCGCUGCGGACAGAGCUACUACCGGGCCGGCGGGGAGGACGAGGACGAAGACGAGGCGGCCGGCCGGUGCAGCGAGUGCCGCGGCGGGGAGGGCCGGUAGGGGCGGGGGCCCGGGGGGGCAGGGCCCCUCGGGCUUGGCGGGGACGACGGCAGGACCCAGAGACCCGGGGAGACGUGGACAGAGGGGUGCUGCGGGCCGGCGGCGGCGUCGCGGGCUCCCUCCCCUCCCCGGGCGCGCGGUCCGCGGGGCGCGGGGGGCCUGGGGGAGGGGCGCGGGGCAGCUCCCUCGGCGCCCAGGCCACGCCCGCCCGCGUCCCGCCCCCGCCCUGCGCCGGGCCUGCCCCUUGUAGGUUCUCGGCCGAGCCCGAGAUAGACAAUGUGUGACUAGACAGACCAAGACACGACAGAACCCACGGGCGAAAGCCCUUUUUGCCUCUUUCUCUUCCCCCACCGGCUGGGGGAGUUGCGAGGAUGGAGAGAAAUCGGGCCUUUUCCGUUUAGAGAGGCCCCAGAGAGGGAAGGGAAAGGGGUCCUUUUCCCUUUUAGAGUUUUCUUUUAAUCCUACCCGCCCCCUGACCCCUCCCACCCGUUGUGUUUUCUCUUCUCCCCCGCGGGUCCCAUGGUUUUUCCUCGCCCAAGCCCUUCCUCCCGCUCCUGGAUCUGGGGUAGCGGAGCAGUGAUGGAGCAGAACUCGCCCCUGUUACAAGCGUGCCCCUCAGAGAAUGGGGUGCCCGUCUCUCGUUCCUAGCCUGGGCGCGGUAGGAGAGGGGCCGGGGGAAAUAAAUGGCACUAUCCGAUUGUC